GUCAUGCUGUAGUUAGCGGAAAACAGGCGGUUAGCUUCAGGAAAAAGCUUUUCUUUCAGCGUUCAGACCCAGGAGGGCUGUGUUAAAACAAACUGCACCCAAUGGCCCUUCGGGAUAUAAUACAGCAUCCGCGGUGUAUCCGUCGAUAGCACACCCAGAGGCCGAGGUGCCGGACGGGCCGGAACCAGAACCAGGCCCGGACCAGGACCAGACGGACAUCAGCGGGCAGCGGUGCGUGUUUGCGGCAGUGACCGGUGGUUCGGUGUGAGUGCUGGGACUGGCAUGCCGUCUGGAGGAGAGCUGUAAUGUGCACCACCGAGGCUGGCUGUUUGUAAAUACACGGCAAGUUUGUCGUGGAGUCCCCGGCACUUCGGCGCUCUCAGACCGGCUGUAAAGGCUCGAGUAUGGGACUCCGUCAAUUUAGCCUGAAACGAGUUAGCUUCACCGCAAGCUAACAGCGGAGUUAACGGACAUCAACUUUUCCUCGCUAACAAGCUAAGUAGCAUAGGAAUAACAGCAAAUAUGAACAGCGGGGUUGGGUUUAUGUGAAUGAAGUGGUUUUAUGAAUAACCAUUAAGUAGGCAUUUCUGUUGUUAGAUCUUUAAAAUAUCUGAUAAAUGUUUCUGGAGCGAGUAUAGCAGCGGAGCUCAACCGUUAGCUGCUAAAGUUAGCCGCCUCCAUCGCCCCAAUGAAAGAGUACAAAGUUGUCGUGCUGGGAAGCGGCGGCGUCGGUAAGUCCGCGCUGACCGUCCAGUUUGUCACCGGCACAUUCAUCGAAAAAUACGACCCGACCAUCGAGGACUUCUACCGAAAGGAGAUUGAGGUGGACUCGUCGCCCUCCGUGCUGGAGAUUCUCGACACGGCGGGGACGGAGCAGUUCGCCUCCAUGAGAGACCUGUAUAUAAAGAACGGACAGGGCUUCAUCCUGGUCUACAGCCUGGUCAACCAGCAGUCAUUCCAGGACAUUAGACCAAUGCGAGACCAAAUUGUGCGAGUGAAGCGCUUCGAGAAGGUGCCACUGAUCCUGGUUGGGAACAAAGUGGACCUGGAGUCUGAGCGUGAAGUUGCUGGAUCAGACGGUCGAGCCUUGGCCCAAGAGUGGGGCUGCCCUUUUAUUGAAACCUCUGCUAAGAGCAAGACCAUGGUGGACGAGUUGUUUGCUGAGAUAGUCCGACAGAUGAAUUACUCCACACUGCCGGAAAAGCAGGAACAGUGCUGCACAGCCUGUGUGGUACAAUGAAGGAAGAGAUGUACCCUUUGUCUGGAUCACCACAAGCAUUUUGAUGAACAUAAACCUGGGCACAAGCUGACUUUUGCACCUACUAACACAAAACUUACCACAGCCGGUUAAGUUUCUGUUUACGGUGUUUUCUGACUGACUGUCACAGAGCAUCUGGCAGGAAAUGCAUCAGUCCUAUUUUUGAUAUCAUAAAUGUAGAGGACGUUUCCGCAACCUUAACAACCUUAACGGCCUUUGCGAUGUCCCAGGAUGGAGCCGCUCCUCAGCUGUACAACACAGACUGACUCUGAAUGAGCUUCAACACCCAUCUGUGAAUUUCUUUUUUCUCUGAGUCGAAAGUAUCCCUGAAGUAAUAAGCAGGAGUGUUUGUGAGGUUGCAGCUUCUUUUUAAAGCUGCUUUAAUCACUAUUAUAUACUUUAUUAUUACUUGUAUAAUGUCUCAUGUUUGGAAAAAGUAUUUCAUUAUGAUGCAACAUUUUUACUUUUCAGCAUGCAUACACGGGCUUAUAAGCAGACUCUCCCAGGUAAACAGCUCAGUUUGUUUAGAAUACCUCCUAACAUCUGACUUUUAGCUUCAGAGAACAGCAUUGACCAGUCUACUGUAUUUCCUGGCAGUAUAUUUUUCACAAAUGUACUUUUUAAUGUUGCAGUAGCCUGGGGCAGCUAAACCAUCUGAAAACAUGCAUGCUCAAAAUUAAAAAUGUUCUGCUGAAUCAAUUUUAAAGUGAUAAUGAAGAGCCAUUGUACUGUUUUUAGCCUAAGUUCUAUUGCGCAGCAGAACUUUUUAUUUCUGUGCUCUGCAAAGCAUGAAUCGUGUGGACACAGGUCUUCCAUUUUCAGUUUUCUUGAGUCUCUGACUUUGGAAAGGCCAAAGGAGCUCACAGUGCAUUUUUGUGUUUGACAACAUGAUGUGUGUUACUUUAAAUCCAGGAGAUGCUGUUUUUUUUUUUUUUUUUGUUAUUAUUAUUAUUAUUAUUACUUUGUCAAAUAACUCCCGCUGCAAAGUGGUUUGAUAAAAGUUCUGGCACAGUUAAUCAGAUUUAACAUUGUAAUUUGUUGUUUUUUUUCUUAUAGCAACCUAUUUAUUAAAACUAAUGAUACAUUUAGCCAGUUUUAAACAUUUAAUUUUUUUUACUAGUUUGGGCUUUUUUGUGACUUUUCAGGACACAUUGUAAAUGGUUUUUGUUUUGUUUUAAUUUUUUUUCCUGAAGCUGAGAAUUUAACAGAGCCUUAAAUAAUUUCUGUUGUAUUCUGGUGUUGUUUCCGUUUUUGUUUUUGUUUUUUUAAACUCCAAACAAAACGUUGAGCACACUUGCCUUUUUCUGUUUCAGUUCAGAAUUCUUAGAUUGAAAGUCAUCCAAUUCAACACAUUUUCCUCUUAAGUCUAAUAACUUCUAUUAGCACUUUUGUGUGUGUGGUGUGUGUGUGUUUUUUCUGCCAUGUCCUCUUUGGAAGCUGCUAAAAGUGUCUCAAAUUGUUAAACUAAGGAGAAAAAAGUUGGAAAAUUUUAACAGUCAAGUUGAAUUUUCUGUUUCUUUUGUAAGAAAUACUAUAACAAAACCUGUUGUUAAUUACACUUGAACUUAGAGUGCUGAUUUCUGGAGAUAAAUAUAUAUGUUUAGCCAUAAAAUGAUGACUUCACAGUA